UAAAACUGAUAAUUAAAAUAACUAUACAUCUAAAACGAACGUGUUUAGUGUGUUUACAUUUCCUAUAAAAUGUUUUUUAAAUUUUAAAUAAUAAAAUGAAUAGUUUAAUGGUUAACAUUUUUUUUUUUACAUUACAUCUACACAUGUUGGCUAAUGGCAUAACAGAAGAUUAUUUUGGAUUGUACGACACGCAGAAGAACCCGACAGUGAUAACGACACCGACACCAUUGAAUAACUACAGUAACGGCACGUUAACACCUACCCAGAUCGAACUUGGUCAAUCAUCAUGUAGAUACUCAGGUAACCACCAUCCCAACGAUACAGCAUGUUACGUUGAUGCAUUUGAAAUAAGCAAAUUACCAACGAAUGAAUGCACGUCUUAUAUCUAUGACGGAAUAACAUGUACAGACGAUUCAAAAAUCGUACCUAAUUAUUCUCCAGAUGAUUUAAAAAACAUCAAAUCACUAACUAAUUUUAGCUCUAAAGUAUUUUUAUUUUAUGGACGACUAAAUUUAAGUAUUUGGACAUCUGAAAAUUUUAAUGAUAGCAUUGAAACUGAAGCUCAAAAUUUGAAAGAAUUUCUUGACGAAUAUCCUGUAGUGGGGUUGAUUUUGACUGGAAUAAACUACCCUGUUUUAACUGACAACUUCUACAUAGAAUUUCAAUCAUACGUAGCAUGUAUAAAGAAUAAAAAUCCAAAAAUAAAAAUUGGUUUGUAUUUAAGAGCUUCAACAAUGACAUAUAUUAAAAACGAAACAGAAUGGUUCGACUUUUCAAAGCUAAAUGACAUUAUGGAUUUCUAUUUGAUUACAUUUAAUUAUUUUAAUGAUUGUUCUGAAGAAUUAUAUAAUGGUGGAACUACUCCUUUGCACUCCGAUAAUCCAAAUAUUAUUACCUUAGAAGAAUUUGGUGCUUCUUUAAACGUCUCAAAAAUCGCAAAGGAAAAAGUGUAUUUAGAAUUUAUGAUAACUCCUACGACAAUAAUUUUUGAUGAACGGAAUUAUUUACAUUGUGAAAUAUCAUUUGACCAGGGACGUAGCUAAGAUUUUUUCAGAGGGGGAUGAAGUUGAAAUAAAAACAGUAAGUAAUAUUAAUCAUUCUUAUUAAGUUAUUACAUAAAAAAAAAUUAAAUUUAUAACGACGUAUUUAAAAUAUGUAAUAAUAAGUAUAGUCGUUAUUUGAGUUAUUAAUCAUUAAUUAGUAAUUACUAAGUACUUACUUACUUCUAAAAAGAUUGUCGAUAAUAUUUUGAAAGGGAGCUGGAUGUUCCAAACACUGGCUACGACCUUGGCAGAAACAAAGGGUACUAUUAUGUAGCCAUGGUCAUCAAUAUACAUCAUAUGCUUACAUAUAAUACUAACUAUCAACCUAUAAUUUGUACAUAGUAAGCAAUGGUAGAAAUUAUCGUGUCAAUAUGUGUGUUUUUAUUUUCAAUAAAAGAAAAUUAAAAAAAAAAUAAUGGAUUCAACUACUAAAUAGUAAUUAAUAUGUGUAUUAGAAUUAACAAAUA